CAUUUCCUGCCGCCAUGCCAACUUUCCUUCAUCGUCGAAAUACACUCCGCCGCUAACACCACCAGUUCUGGCGACGCCUCUUCAUCGACCACCUCCUUCUCCCAUAUGGCCACCAUCAAACCCCUCAGCUCAGAUCGGGCACUCUUUCUCCACCGUUGAACAGCCGCUUCCUCCCGUAGACGGCCUUCGAGUGUGAAAGAGCCACAGAGUGCGCGCGCUGAUGGCGGCAGCGGGUGGAGACACGUGGAAGGCUCAUUUGGCUAUGGCGUUGACGCAGAUACUCUAUGGAGGCUACCACGUUAUCACCAAGUUGGCGCUCAACGACGGGAUCAAUCAGUUAGUCUUCUGCCUCUUCCGCGACCUUAUUGCUCUUGUUUUUCUGGCCCCCAUCGCUAUUUUUCGUGAAAAACAGACGCGACCGCCCUUGACUGUGCGACUCCUUUUGUCGUUCUUCUUUCUAGGCUUAACAGGGAUAUUUGGCAACCAGAUUUUGUUUCUUCUUGGUUUAAGCUAUACUAAUCCAACUUAUGCUGCUGCCACGCAACCUGCCAUUCCAGUCUUCACAUUUCUUUUGAGUGUGAUGAUGGGUACAGAAAGAGUAAGCUUACUUAGAUAUGAAGGCCUAGCAAAGGUUGGAGGAACUUGUGUCUGUGUUUCAGGUGCCAUAUUUAUGGCUUUGUGUCGUGGUCCUGCACUCAUUGGUUACAAAGAAACAGAUAUCAUAGCAGAAAGUGAGGUAUUUGCUAAAGGUCAACUUGACUCAUCUGGAUGGUCGAUUGGUGGUUUGCUGGGCAUUGGGUUAGACCAAUUUCACAUUGGACUUAUGUGCUUGAUAGGAAACUGCAUUUGCAUGGCUGCUUUUAUAGCCAUCCAGGCUCCUGUGUUAGUAAAGUAUCCUGCCAACAUAUCUGUAACAGCAUAUUCUUAUUUAUUUGGAGCUAUUCCGAUGGUGAUAACAGCAUUCUUCACGACUAAUAAGUCAAAUGAUUGGAGAUUGACAGAAUCAGAAAUAUUUGCUGUUAUUUAUGCUGGAGCAAUUACUUCUGCCCUUUGUUAUGGGCUUUUGACAUGGUCCAAUAAGAUCUUGGGGCCAGCUAUGGUUGCCCUUUAUUAUCCAGUUCAGCCAGUAGCUUCUGCCCUCUUGUCACAAAUUUUCCUUGGGAGUCCAAUUUAUUUAGGAAGUGUCGUGGGGGGAUGUUUGAUAGUUGCUGGACUGUAUAUGGUUACUUGGGCAUCUUCUAGAGAAAGACAGGCAACUCCCUGGGCCAUUCCUCACGAUCCCCAUGUCUCAUGGGUCUCUGAGCCGUUCAUUCAUAGAGAUGAUCUGCUCAACAGGAAUUCCACUUCGAGAGAUGUAUCACCAAAGCCUUCAGAUUAAAGGAGUUGGAUUUCCAGUGCCUUGUAAAGUUGUCUCGAUUUCUCAGUCUGCUAUGUCGGUGAAUUUGUAUGUCAAAUGUUAAUUAAGAAUUUUUAAUAUUAGAUGUUUUCAAGUCCAAAAAUUGUGCUUGAAUUUUAAAAUGCAAUUUUCGGUUCAUGAUUACCUUGCUAUGUAACAAACGGAUCUGUCUUAGUGAACAAAACCGUUAUGUUUGAGUAGUUAAUUCACUUGUGUUUUAUUUGAAACUUGCUGGCACCAGUGAAGUUGAGAAGUUAAUUCA